GGUCUUUUUUUGUAUUGCGUCUCGAGUAAAUAAAUUUAAAAAAAAAACAGAAGCCUUCAAGUGAUGUCUUCUGUAUGUGCAUUAAACAAUUGCUUAUUUAUAGAGUCGAAUUUAUGUAUAAAUACUGUCUUGCAAUGGUCAUCAAGCAUCAGUUUCAAACAAACCGUGAAAAUGUUAGCAGUCAAAGUGUUCUUCCUAGUUGGUGUUUUGGGGUGUGCUUUGGCCGAGAAAGAGGAGAUCCCGAUCAUCUCGCAAGAAUCCGUUCUUGAGCCGGACGGUUCUUAUCGCCAUAGCUACGAAACUGGAGACGGAAUCAAAGCUGAAGUCAUCGGGGAACUGAAAACCAUUGGAGAUGAAACCGUGGCCGUGGCUCAUGGUAGCUACAGUUAUCCAGCUGAGGAUGGAAAAACGUAUCAAGUUAGUUACGUAGCCGACGAGAAUGGAUACCAACCAAUUGGGGAUCAUUUGCCAGUGGCUCCGGAAAUUCCUGCCAUCAUCAAGAAGUCUUUGGAUUACUUGGCCACUGCUCCACCACCAAAGGAAUAAUUAAAGUUAUUUUUUAAUGUGCAUUUUGUAUACAUGCAAAUCUUUGUAUUUUCACUAAAAACUUGAAUUAAUAUCAUUUGAAUCAUUAUAUAACUUUCUUUUACAAAAAAAAUGUUUAGUAAGAUUACCGCUCCA